AACGAAAUGUAGCGAAGAGAAGUACAGUAGUAAGAGUAACAUUGUAGCCGCCGCCGGCCGAGGGGGCGCGCCGGGGAGGGGACGCCGCACCCCCUUUCUGCUGCCGGGACCCCCGAUCAGAGCCCCUGAGAGAGGAGGCGCCCGAGGACCCGCCCCGGCCCUGUCCACGUUCCCCCCAGGAAGCCGGACUCUAUGGGGCGGGACCCUGGGGGAGACUGAGCAGAACCUGGAGCCAGCCCUGAACCCCUGAACCUCAAGCCAGGGGCGCCCCGGGAGCACCUACCCCGUGGGCGCUCCGCCGCCCGCCGAGCAGCCAUGAGGCCCCCAGGUCCCCAGUGCCUCAGAGGCAGCCACGGUUAGUCACCUGAGAAGCAGCUUCUGCAUAUAUCACCACUCUGUGUGCAGAGUGAGACGGUUGUCUGCUCCAGCCGGGCCACUGUGAUGCUCUAUGAUGACAGCAACAAGCGAUGGCUGCCUGCUGGCACGGGCCCCCAGGCCUUCAGCCGCGUCCAGAUCUAUCAUAACCCCACUGCCAACUCCUUCCGGGUGGUCGGCCGGAAGAUGCAGCCAGACCAGCAGGUGGUCAUCAACUGCGCCAUCGUCCGGGGUGUCAAGUAUAACCAGGCCACCCCCAACUUCCACCAGUGGCGUGACGCCCGCCAGGUCUGGGGCCUCAACUUCGGCAGCAAGGAGGAUGCAACACAGUUUGCCGCCGGCAUGGCCAGCGCCCUAGAGGCAUUGGAAGGAGGUGGGCCUCCGCCCCCGCCGACACCGCCUAUGGCACCGCCCACUUGGUCUGUCCAGAACGGCCCCUCCCCAGAGGAGAUGGAGCAACAGAAAAGGCAGCAGCAGUCGGAGCUCAUGGAACGGGAACGCAGGGUCUCCAACGCAGGAGGCCCAGCUGCUCCCACAGCUGGGGGACCACCCCCGCCUCCAGGACCUCCCCCUCCUCCGGGUCCCCCCCCACCCCCUGGUCUCUCCUCCUCGGGGAUCUCGGCUGGGGGGCAUGGAGCAGGGGGAGGCCCACCCCCUGCGCCCCCUCUCCCCACAGCACAAGGCCCCAGUGGUGGAGGGACUGGGGCCCCCGGCCUGGCCGCAGCCAUUGCCGGAGCCAAACUCAGGAAAGUCAGCAAGCAGGAGGAGGCCUCAGGGGGGCCCUUGGCCCCCAAAGUUGAGAGCAGUCGAAGCACGGGCGGGGGGCUCAUGGAAGAGAUGAAUGCCAUGCUGGCCCGGAGAAGGAAAGCCACACAAGUUGGGGAGAAAACCGCCAAGGAUGAAUCUGCCAAUCAGGAGGAGCCAGAGGCCAGAGUCCCAGCCCACAGUGAAUCUGUGCGGAGACCCUGGGAGAAGAACAGCACAACCUUGCCAAGGAUGAAGUCAUCUUCAGUGACCACUUCCGAGGCCCAACCCUCUACGCCCAGCUCCAGUGAUGAGUCAGACCUGGAGAGGGUGAAACAGGAGCUUCUGGAAGAGGUGAGGAAGGAACUGCAGAAAAUGAAAGAGGAAAUAAUUGAAGCCUUUGUCCAGGAGCUGAGGAAGCGGGGCUCCCCCUGACCACAGGGCCCCAGAAGAUCCAGUUUCUCCUUUCCGCACACGCCCUCCGCCUGUCACCCUGCUUUCCCUGCCUCAACUUGACUUGGAAUUGGCUGAAGACUACACAGGAAUGCGUCUUCCCCACUCCCUAUCUCACUUGGAAAAUUCCAAGGGGGUGUGGCUUCCCUGGCACCAUGCCCACACCCAUACUGGCUGCUGAUUGGCUGGGGAGGCCCCCACCCUUUGCUCCCUUUGGUCCUUCCCCUCUGCCAUCCUCUUGGGGCUGGUUCCUCUGCUGGGGAUGUACCAAUUAACCCCACAGUAAGGGGGAAGGAAGGAGGGAAUUUCACAUUCCCUUGUUCUAGAUUCACUUUAACGCUUAAUGCCUUUGAAGUUUUGUUUUUUAAGAAAAAAAAGUAUAUAUAUAUAUUUAGGUUUGGGGGGGAGGAAAUGUUUUUUCUCUUUGGUUUUGAUAAAAUGGGAUGUGGGGAGUUUUUAAAUGCUGUGCCCCUGGCUUGUCCCACUUGGGACAGCUAUUUAAGGGGGGUUGUCCCAUCAGGCUGGGGGCAGCUCCCCCCACCCCAGGGACCUCCCUUCCCUCUGGCUCCUUCCCCUUUUCUAUGAGGAAUUAAGAUGCUGUAACUUUUUAGAACCUCAGUUUUUUGGUUUUUUAUUUUGGUAGGUUUUGGGGUCCAGGCCAUUUUUACCCCCUGGGGAAAAAAAGAUGAGGGGGAAAGGAAAAGGGGAGGAAACCUCCCCUCUCCCACCUUCACCUUUAGCUUCUUGAAAAUGGGCCCCUGUGGAAUAAAUCUGCCAGUUUUUAUAAAUGCUAA